AUGGCGGAUUCAGCUCAGAGUCGCUAUGAGCGUCUGACAGCAGAGCAGAUGGAUGAACAGAGGAUUCAGAGUGUUGCUUAUCAGUAUUUGUGCAGACUGGAGGAAGCAAAGAGGUGGAUGGAGGCGUGUCUGAAGGAGGAACUUCCUGCUCCCACCGAGCUGGAGGAAGCGCUGAGGAACGGAGUCCUGCUCGCUAAGCUGGGUCAUCGCUUCGCUCCCAACGCCGUCGCUCUGAAGAAGAUCUACGACCCCGACCAGCAGCGCUACCAGGCGGUGGGUCUUCAGUUCCGUCACACUGACAACAUCAACCACUGGAGGAACGCUAUGAGCACGCUCGGACUGCCAGCGAUCUUUCAUCCUGAAACCACCGACGUCUACGACAAGAAGAACAUGCCGAGAGCCGUCUACUGUAUCCACGCUCUGAGUAUGUACCUGUACCGGCUCGGUGUGGCUCCACCGAUCUAUGACCUGUAUGGAAAGGUGAAGUUCACAGAGGAGGAGAUCAACAACAUGAAGCUGGAGCUCGAUAAAUACGGGAUCCAGAUGCCCGCCUUCAACAAGAUUGGAGGAAUCUUGGCCAAUGAGCUGUCAGUGGACGAGGCCGCAGUCCACGCAGCAGUGAUCGCCAUCAACGAGGCGGUGGCCAGAGGUGAUGUGAGCGACACAGUGGCGGCUCUGAGGAACCCGAACGCCAUGCUGAGCGACCUGCAGGAGGCGCUGAUGAGCGUCUAUCAGGAGAUGCUGCGGCAGGCGAAGAGAGGGAAAGCAGAGCGGGCGGCCAGGACUGGAGGUUCGGAGGAGAAGGAUAUCUAUGAGGAGUAUCUGACUCAGAAAGAGAUCCAGAACAACAUCAACAUUGUCAACGUGCGAUCGGCGGUGGAGCAGGUGGACGAAGCUCUGGAGUCUGCAGAUGAACUCGUUCUGCUGGCCGCUCUGCAGCUGCCGUGUUUGGCCCUCAGAGGCCUCCGUACCGACAACGGCCCCUGGUACCUGGAGCAGCUGUCAGCUGACCGGCAGCAGAAGGCCCUGGAGCAGGGCUGUGUGGAUCCUCUGGAGCCGGACGAGCUGCAGGAAAGCGUCACCUUCUCCAACCAGGAAGCACAGAAUGCCCAAAACAUGCAGGCAGCAGUGCAGUGUGUGAACGCCUCUCUGCGUGGCAGCGACCCCAGACACACAGUCAGCUGUCUGAUGACCUCUGACCUCCAGCUGCCUGAAGUUUUCCCGUCUGCUGCGACUCUUUAUCACCGAGAACUACAACAGCUGCAGAGACAAACACCAGAGGGGGAGCUGCAGCAGGAGGAGCUGUUCAUCGCCGUGGAGAUGCUCUCCGCCGUCGCUCUCAUCAACCAGGCGAUGAAGGCCGGAGACCUGCAGCUGUUCAGCUCCUCAUUGGUCAGUCCGGCUGCAGGACUCUCUGAUGCCGACCCGAGCCUGCUGGACAGGUACUUUGAGUCUCUGGUGAAGCAGCAGGUUGGCAGAGAUCUGCUGACCUGGAAUCAGCUGCAGGAGGGAAUCAACUCUGUGAACAACUCAGCACAGGACGAACACCAACAGAUCGUGGCGGUCAGUGUGAUUAACGAGGCUUUAAUGAGAGGAGACGCUCAGAAGCUGCUGUCUGCUCUGCUGCUGCCAUCCAGCGGAGUGGAGGAGGUUCUACCUGCCAACACCUGCAGAUACCUCACACUGAUGACCAGAGCCAGGCUGCACAAAGCUCAGGUGAGCCGAGACUCAGGAGCUGAGCUGUGGUUGGCUGACAUCCAGGAGGCGGUGAGGAGAGCCAAUCAGCAGAGUCAGAAAUCUAUGAAGUUGUGUCUCUCGGUGGCAGCAGUGAAUCAGGCGGUGAAGGAGAACAAGGCGAAGCAGACUCUGCGUGUUCUGUCUCUACCAGAGGUGGCGCUGCAGGGCAUCAUCUCACACUGUGCUGCAGAGUAUCAGCAGGAGCUCAACGCUCUGAUCAGAGAUAAGACCCGCAGAGGAGACAACAGGAGUCCGUGGGUUCGAGUCCGGCUGGACGACGGCACGUUUUAUUUCUUCCAUCUGAACAAACUGGAGGGCAGCUGGGAGAAACCUCCCAACUUCAUCCAGAACAGUCUGUUCCUGGACCAGCAGGAGAUCCAGGAAGUGGUCAGCAGUGUUUCGGGCAGGUACGGUCGCAGCGUGAUGUGGAAGAGCAGCGAGGCCUUCGUCACUCGCCUGCAGGCCGUCAGCCGAGGAUUCCUCAUCAGGCAGAAGCUGGAGGCUCGACGCCGUUACCUGCACAGACACACACCUGCUGCUGUCAUCAUACAGGCUCAGUGGAGGAGGUUUGUCCAGCAGAGGGCGUACAGAAGUCGGCUGCAGUUCCUCUACAUGAACUGGAGAGCUGUGGUUAAAAUUCAGUCGGUUGUGAAGAUGUGGUUGGCGAGGAGAAAAUAUCGAGCUCGGCUGAGUUUCUUCAGACGUAACGUGGGCGCUGUCAUAAAGAUCCAGGCCUUCUUCAGAGCCAACAGAGCCCGAGAACAGUACAGGAUGCUGGUGCACUCGGACACGCCCCCCCUCUCCGUCAUCAGGAAGUUCCUUCACCUGCUGGACCUGGGCGACGGUGACAUCAGAGGGGAAGUGGAUCUGGUGCGUCAGAGGGAGGAAGUGGUGAGGAGCAUCCGCUUCAACCGACAGCUGGAGGCCGACCUGAACAUGAUGGACCUGAAGAUCGGCCUGCUGGUCCGAAACAAAGCCACGCUGCAGGAAGUGGUGUCUCACUGUAAGAAACUAACGAAGAAGAACAAGGAGCAGCUGUCAGACAUGAUGGACGUGGAGAGAAGUAAAGGCCUGAAAGCUCUGAGCAGAGAGAGGAGAGAGAGACUGGAGGCCUACCAGCACCUGUUCUACCUGCUGCAGACUCAGCCUCUCUACUUGGCUCAGCUGAUCUUCCUGAUGCCUCAGAGUCGCUCCACCUCCUUCAUGGAGAUGUUGGUGUUCAGCCUGUUUAACUACGGCUCCGACCGCAGAGACGCCUUCCUGCUGCUGCAGCUGUUCACUGAAGCGCUGAAGUAUGAGAUCAGGCUGAAGGUGGAGCAGCCUCAGGACGUAGUUACAGGGAAUCCCACCGUCAUCAAGAUGCUGGUGAACUUCUACCGUCACGGCCGCGGCCAGAACGUCCUGCGGGAGGUUCUGGGUCCGACGCUGCAGGAAGUUCUGCUGGACCGAAGCCUCAGCAUCAGAACCGACCCGCUGGACGUCUACAAGACCUGGAUCAACCAGACCGAGACCCAGACUGGACACAAGAGCUCUCUGCCCUAUGAGGUGUCUCCUCAGGACGCUCUGUCUCACCCUGAAGUCCAACGACGUGUUGACAUCGCCAUCAUCAACCUGAAGAACCUGACGGACCGAGUGCUGAAAGCCAUCACCUCCAACCUCCACAAACUCCCGUAUGGUUUGCGAUACACAGCGAAGGUUCUCAGAGACGCUCUGAGGACGAAGUUUCCUGAAGCCAGCGAGGACGAGAUCUACAAGAUUGUGGGGAACCUCGUCUACUAUCGCUACAUGAACCCGGCCGUCGUGGCUCCGGACGGUUUCGACGUGGUGGACCGGUCCGCUGGCUCGGCCCUGCAGCCGGAGCAGCGCCACAUCCUGGGCUCCAUCGCCCGCAUGCUGCAGCACGCCGCCGCCAACAAACACUUCCACGGGGACGGGUACCACGUCAGAACCCUCAACCAGUACAUCAGCCAGACGCACGCCAAGUUCAGGAAGUUCCUGUUGGGGGUUUGUGACGUGCCUGAGCCGGAGGACCGGUUCAGUAUGGACGAAUACUCGGAGCUGCUCAUUGUUAAUAAACCCGUCGUCUACAUCUCAGUCAGCGAGCUGCUCAACACACACAAGCUGUUGUUGGAGCAUCAGGACGUGUUGUGUCCGGACCCUUCAGACCCGCUGAGACAGCUGCUGAAAGACCUCGGCUCAGUGCCGACCCUGCAGGAGCUCAUCGGAGAGGCCUCAGCAGCUGAUCCAGGAUCAGAGUCCAGCAGUAAGAUGGAGGUUUCUCUGACUCUCACCAACAAGUUUGACAUCUUUAACGACUCGGAGGACAAACCGGACGCCAGAGGACUGCUGCUCAGCACCAAACAGCUGAUCAUCGAUGUCAUCAGGACUCAGCCAGGAGAAAAUCUGAGUGACGUGCUGAGAGCAUCGACCUCACAAGACCAGGAAGUGUGUCAUGAUUGGCUGAUGCAGCGGCGAGCUCGGCAGGACGCUCGCACGCCCGAAAAGAUGAAGAGGAACCAGUCGCUGGUCGCCGACGGCAACCUGAGUCUGGAGGAGAAGAAGAGGAAGAUCCUGAGGAGUCUUCGUCGUCUGGAGAGUCUGGGAGUCCUGCGACCGCCUGAGAGCCACAACCAGAUCCUCCAGAUGAUCGUCAAGGACAUUCGGCAGCAGCGUCUGCGGCGGCAGCGUCGGGGGGCGGAGCUUCUGAAGCUGAGGCAGACUCAGGAGAGCCUGCAGGUGAAGAGCAGCUUCCACAGCGAACAGGUGGACUACUACAGGCAUUACAUCACUUCCUGUCUGGACAACCUGACCGCCAACAGCAAAGCGACCAAUAAGAAAGCAGCAGACAGUAAAGGGAAGAAGAAGCUUCCUGCUCUGAGUUACAGCGCCACCCGGCUGCAGGAGAAGGGAGUGCUGCUGGAGAUACAGGACCUGCCCAGCUCCCAGUUUAAGAACGUCGUGUUCGACAUCGUUCCUGCAGCAGAGAAAGGAACGUUCAACGUCAAAGCUCGAUUCCUCGGAGUGGAGAUGGAAGAGUUCCUGCUCAAAUACCAGGACCUGCUGCAGCUGCAGUACGAGGGCGUGGCCGUGAUGAAGAUGUUCGACAAGGCGAAGGUCAACGUCAACCUGCUCAUCUUCCUCCUCAACAAGAAGUUUUUCAAGAAAUGA